GCCAUCGAAUGGACUCUUUUUGCGUUCGCAUACACUUUCGUAGGAUUACGAAUCGGCGUGCGAGUUGCGCGGAGGCAGCAGAAACAUGUCAUAAUCUCGGACUGCUUGCUGGUAGCAUCUACACUUGGUUGUUUGGGUCUGAUCAUAUCGGCCGAUGCAAAGAACGAAGUCAUUCUGGACAAGGUGAUUUCUUUGUUGCUUCUCACAAAGCUUGUACUGAUCGAUCAUCGUAGNAUAUCCUUCGCCUCGAACUACUUCUACAACGCGGGGAUGUACUGGCUUAAAGCUGCGUUGAUUGCUCUUUACUUCAAGAUCAUCCCAAGCACCAUGCCACGACUACGGAUGUCGUUGUAUAUUGUCACUGGACUUGUGGUCGCGUGCGCUGUAUACACCUUCUUGCUCGACACUCUUUGGUGUGCAUGCUCCACCUUCAACUCGCUCCUGGUCUUGCAGAUCGACUGGGCGAUGAAUCUCUUUUCUGACACUGCGAUCUUUGUCCUUCCAUUUCCUCUUCUGCGCCAACUCUAUCUCAAUCGCAAUCAGAUAUAUGGACUACUGGUGACGUUCGCACUCGGUCUCACCACCAUCGCCGUCAACCUCGCUCGCUUCAUCACAAUCCAAACCGGCAACAACCAGAAUGCCGUGUCCAUUUGGUCUAUGGCCGAGAUGGCCGUCGCAAUUGUCGUCGUCUCACUUCCCGCACUCAAGACACUACUACGCCGCAAGAACAAGACUUCCACAAGCUCAAAUUCGUAUUCUAAUGGUCAUCAUUAUGUGGUCACGGCUUCGCACCGAAAGUCUGUGUUUGGGAGGGGAGAUGCACUGGAUGAUAGCGGCAGUGAUGUGGAGCUCAAUCAUGUCGGCAAGAAGGAUGUUAUCUACAAGACCAAGGAGGAGAAUGAUGAUGGAGGGCCAGUGGCUCUAGCUUGGACAAACAAUGGGUAUGAUGGUGGUGCUGGUAAGAGUGGUGCUUGA